GUCACCUGUAGUUAACCUAAAAAUCAAUUACGAAUUACUUUUCAAACAAUAAAGAAACACUUGAUAUAAAUAUAUAAACAUUUGUGAAAGUGCAAAUAUCUGCCCAGAAAAAGGAAGAUCAUGCAGAUUUAUAUAAAAAGCGAGAACGAGACGGGCGGAAUAUCAGAGUGGGCGAUAGUGGAACUGCAGGGUCUCGUGCAGGUGGAGGGAGACGAUCGCGGCGGACCCGCGGUGGUGGGGGACCUGCAUUACUUCAAAAGAAACCGACAUCCCGUGCUCGUGCUCGGCCACCACGUGCUCACCGGCAAGGAGGUCAAGCUGGAGCAACCUAUGGCAGUCAUGGAGAAGACUGUGGACGGAGGUCAAACUUCGUACAGAGUCAAGGCGAUCGUUAGAAAGAAACUACUCUUUAAAUCGAGACCUAAGCCCAUCAUAUCAAACGUUAGUGAAAGAGUGUAACAUUAAAUAAAACAAUGCACCGAUA